AUGGCUCUGUGGGGCCCGGACAGCUCGGGGCCCUGCUCCCGCGGGCCGUUGGAGGAGGCGGGGGCGGCGGCCGAGGAGCGCGAGGCGCCGGCGGCGGAGUCGGCGGCGGCGGCGGCGGUAGCCGUGCCGCUGGACGAGGAGGAGGACGAUGGCCGCGGCCUACCGCGCUGGGACGGCUUCUCGGCCUGGCUGCACUGCGUGUGUGUGGUGGGCUUCGACCUGGAGCUGGGCCAGGCCGUGGAGGUAAUUUAUCCUCAGCCUUCCAAACUUACUGAUAAAGAAAAAACCAAUAUUUGCUAUUUGUCUUUUCCAGAUUCGAAUUCAGGUUGUCUUGGAGAUACCCAGUUCUGUUUUAGAUUUCGACAGUCUUCUGGGAGGAGGAUGUCACUGCAUUGUUUCCUGGAUCAAUUUGACAAAGAUUUACCAGUUUACUUAAAGAAGGAUCCUGCUUAUUUUUAUGGAUAUGUGUAUUUCCGACAAGUUCGAGACAAAACUCUAAAAAGAGGCUAUUUUCAAAAGUCCUUGGUUUUGAUCAGCAAACUACCUUAUAUUCAUUUUUUUCACACUGUACUCAAACAGAUAGCACCAGAGUAUUUUGAAAAGAGCAAACCUUAUUUGGAAGCAGCUUGUAAUGAUGUUGAUCGAUGGCCUGCCCCAGUGCCAGGGAAAACAUUAUACCUGCCUAUUAUGGGAGUAGUAAUGAAGGUUCGGAUUCCCACAUGUCAUGACAAACCUGGGACAACUCAAAUAGUGCAGGCAGACACACACAUAUCUGUUGUUUUAUCUACUGUUCAUGAAGUGGAUCUUUUCAGGUGUUUUUUCCCAGUUUUCUUUCACAGUCAGAUGCUUUGGGAACUUGUGCUGUUGGGGGAGCCCCUUGUGGUCAUGGCACCAUCACCUUCAGAGUCUUCGGAGACUGUAUUGGCACUUGUUAACUGUAUUUCUCCAUUGAAGUACUUCAGUGACUUCCGACCUUAUUUCACUAUUCAUGAUAGUGAAUUCAAAGAAUAUACUACUCGUACUCAAGCCCCGCCUUCAGUCAUAUUAGGAGUAACCAAUCCCUUUUUUGCAAAAACACUUCAGCACUGGCCACACAUUAUUCGAAUAGGAGACCUUAAACCAGCAGGUGAAAUUCCUAAACAGGUUAAAGUGAAAAAAUUGAAGAACCUAAAGACUCUGGAUUCUAAACCUGGAGUUUAUACUUCUUAUAAGCCAUAUCUAAAUAGAGAUGAAGAGAUCAUAAAGCAACUACAGAAGGGUGUUCAACAGAAACGUCCUUCUGAGGCUCAAAGCGUUAUUCUGCGACGUUAUUUCUUGGAGUUGACACAAAGCUUCAUCAUCCCAUUAGAAAGAUAUGUGGCAAGCUUAAUGCCUUUGCAGAAAAGUAUUUCUCCAUGGAAGAGUCCACCCCAAUUAAGACAAUUUCUUCCAGAAGAAUUUAUGAAAACACUUGAGAAAGCAGGACCUCAGUUGACCUCUAGAAUAAAAGGCGAUUGGAUUGGACUUUACCGGCAUUUCCUAAAAUCACCAAAUUUUGAUGGUUGGUUCAAGGCCCGACGGAAGGAAAUGACCCAGAAAUUGGAGGCACUCCAUCUAGAAGCUCUUUGUAAAGAGGACUUACUUCUCUGGACCCAGAAACACACAGAAGUAGAAACAGUAGACCUUGUAUUGAAGCUAAAAAGUAAGCUGUUGCAGGCUGAUCGAGAGCACUUACCUGUGAAACCUGAAACUAUGGAAAAGUUACGGGGACACAUAGACGCAAUUAUCUUAGCAUUGCCAGAGGACCUACAAAGCAUCCUGCUCAAAACAAGCAUGACGUGA